AUGACAAUUGACGAAUUUGAACCAGAAGACGUAUUGCUGGAGAUCAGCCGCAAGCUUUCCAAUGUUUCUAUACACAAAUUACCUGCUCAUGGAGGCAAUGUAGAGAAGGAUGCUUUGCCUACCAUCAAGUAUUUGCUCUUCUCGUCAGAGCGUGACCAGAUCAAACAAAGUAUUCGCCUCUUGCGUAGAUACUUGACUCAAGGUCAUAGUGACGAAAGUAGUGUCAAUGAUAUCCUUGCAUUGGAUAUUUUACCUCGUAUCAAGGAAUUAAUAGGAUCUGAUCUGGGUGAUACAAUCAAGUUUGAAUGCGCAUGGAUUGUCACCAAUGUUGCUGCUGGAACAACCGAGCAAACCAAUGCCAUCAUUGAAGCAGGAUUUGUUGAUUUGUUGCUCGAUUGUAUGCGACAAGAAAAUGGAUCAUUAGACUUGAAGGCACAAGCUGCAUGGGCUCUUGGUAAUAUUGCGGGCGAAUCACCAAAUUACAGAGAAGAGCUUAUGAGAAAAGGCUUUACACAUGCCAUUGUCAAAGUACUUGAAGAUGUAUACCAAGAUACAUACGAUGAAUCGCAAGACUUGAGUUAUCCAGCUGGAAAAAUACGAUUCUCUGAUGAAGAUAUCUACUCGAAUGUGGAAGCGUUGCUCUGGGCAUUAUCCAAUAUGUCUCGUGGUGGUUUCCAUGUUGCAGAAUAUUAUCAGAACUACUUGCCCAUGUUUAAGGUGUUUUCAGACUUUAUCGUCUUUGAUUAUACAAAGCUUGAAAUUGAAAUCUGCUGGGGAUUAUCUCGUGUGCUAUACAACAUGCAUGAUGUCAAUGCUUUUCACCAACGCAAUCAUAUAUCAGAUGAACUCUGCGAGAGACUAUCUAGUCUUUUAAGAGAUGGCGUACCAAAAGUAGUUGUACCUGCCAUUCGAACCGUGGUGAAUAUCACAUCUGGACCCAACAGCUGUGUUGAAGGUCUAUUACGCACGCCGUUACUGACAAGCAUCACUCGAUUAUUGGAACCACAAGCACCUAAUGAAAUCCGAAAAGAUGCCUUCCUCGUCAUCUCCAAUCUAGCAGCUGGAAACGAAGAAAUGAUCAAGCAUGUCAUUGAACACAAGGUGGUGAUGAACAGCGUCGUUGCACACAUUACUGUUCCUGGACACAGUUAUAGCUCUAAUCCAGUGCUAUGGACACCGACAUUAUCACAUGCCUAUUACAUGAAGAACGAUGAAUGGAAAGUAACAAAGGAAGCACUGUGGAUUAUAUUCAAUAUCGUCUCGCUCGGAAGUGAUCCCUCGGUCUGGGAUCUACUCAAUGAACACCCUUACUUGCCACGAUCUCUCGCAGCAGUCCUCAACUACAUUGAUCUCCCUUUGGAUGUAUGCGAAAAGAGCAUAGAGGCCAUCAUCAGCUUGGUACAGCGCUCAAACAAAUGGAUCGACAAUCGUUUCCCCAAUGGCAAGAACCCAUUUGUAAGAGAUCUCAUUGAAAACGGUGUACAUACGGCUCUUCCUUGCAUACAGCAAGUGCAUGAAAACGAGAAUCUGAGAGACUUGUGCUUGAAAUUGGAUAAAUUACUCGUCGCUUCAGAAGAAGAUGUGGUUCAAACAGCAUCCAUUUCAGACGUAGCUGGUAUGGCGAGUGCCUUCGGACUACCCACUAUUGUAGAGAUCAAGUCGAAAAGUAACAAGAGACGAGUCAUUCGUGGCCUGGAGGAUGGUGAUGUUAGACUUAUCGAAAACGCUGUUGGUAAUUUAUGCAUUUAA